AGAGAUAAUCAACCUCCAUUUUCAUUAUUUUCGAUCUCUAGCAAUUCUUAAUUGAUAUAUAUAAUGGAGGAUGAACAUGAUUCUCAGGUGGUCACCAACAGGCAGAUUAUACUCAAACAUUAUGUCAAGGGAUUUCCCAAAGAAUCUGACAUGAUCCUCACAACUGCCGCCGUCGAGCUCAAGGUUCCCGCCGGCGCCGGUGAGGCUAUCUUGCUCAAAAAUCUCUACUUGUCUUGCGACCCCUACAUGCGACACCGUAUGGGCAUCCUCCACGACAGCUACACCACUUCCUUCACCCCCGGCCAGCCUAUUAUUGGAUUAGGAGUGGGUAGAGUUGUGGAUUCUUCUCAUCCGGGAUUUGAGAAGGGAGAGUUAGUUUGGGGCAUGACUCAAUGGGAGGACUACACCCUUAUUCAAUCCGAUGUCGAAAGCCUUUUCAAGAUUACCAACAAGGCCGUGCCACUCUCCUAUUACACCGGGAUUCUUGGUAUGCCUGGCGCUACAGCUUACUUCGGUUUUCAUGAGGUAUGUUCUCCGAAAGAAGGCGAAACUGUCUUUGUUUCAGCCGCAGCCGGUGCUGUUGGACAGCUCGUUGGACAAUUUGCAAAGUCGGUGGGUUGUUAUGUUAUUGGAAGCGCCGGAAGCGAAGAAAAGGUGGAUCUUUUGAAGAAUAAAUUAGGUUUCGAUGAUGCAUUUAACUAUAAAAAAGAACCCGAUCUGAAUAUUGCUCUAAAAAGGUACUUUCCAAAAGGGAUCGAUAUAUAUUUUGAAAAUGUUGGAGGAAAUAUGCUCGAAGCAGUUCUUCUCAAUAUGCGAUGCUACGGCCGCAUUGCUGCGUGUGGUAUGAUUUCACAGUACAACCUUGAGGAACCCGAAGGGGUGCGCCAUUUAUUUGAGAUUGUUGCCAAAAGAAUUCGGAUGGAAGGAUUUGUGGUCUUUGAUUACUACCCCAAGUAUAACAAGUUCUCGGAUACAAUUAUCUCACUUUUAGACCAAGGAAAAAUAUCAUAUGUGGAAGACAUAGUAGAAGGCCUUGAAAACGCACCAAGUGCUUUGAUAAAGCUAUUCCAUGGUGCAAAUUUCGGGAAGCAAGUUGUAGUCGUGGCUCGCGAGUAGCAAGAUUUAAAUAAAUUCAUAUUUGAGAAAAUGAAAGAAUGUAACUAAUUUCACGUUUGGGAACUACAUUUUUAAUAUUGUUGAUUUUGGUCUGAGACCAAAUAUAAAGAAAUCCGGUUAACUAUA